AUGGGUUUUGAAGCAGGCGAUCUCCAUGGACCAAUCUCUACACCCAAAUUAACCCUAACAAAACUCCCAUACCGCAGGCCGAGGCGGCCGCCGCCGAUUCAAACCCCGCCGCUCCUCCCGUCGCUCUCCGUCCCGUUCCGGUGGGAGGAAGCGCCGGGAAAGCCCCGGUCCGCCAGCCCUCCACCGCCCUCCAAGUGCCUCGAUCUGCCACCAAGGCUGCUGCCGGCGCACGGGGAUGCAAAUAUGACCGAUAUGCCCUCGCCCACCACCGUCCUGGACGGGCCCUACGUGGGCCGGUCGCUGUCCCUCGCGUGCACUUUUUCGUUCCGAAGGGGCCCGAGGCCCGGCACGAGGUCCCGGAGGUGGGGGAGCUUUGGGUGGGAGAGGAAGUGGUGCGAGAGGGGUAAUAUGGACAUUUCGCGUUCGCUCGGCGAGUUUUUCAGGAGCGAGAGGAACGCGAAAAUGGCGAGAGGUAGAAAGAGAAGGAGCUUCUUCAGCUUUUCCAGGGCUACCUCGAACCUGUGGGUGAGUACAGAGUCCUUUUUUGUGUUUUUCUAA